CCCAAUCUGGCAACUACAGCAUUGGUAUUGCUGCAUUACAAUACAUCAUGCCACAAUGAUGUCCAUCUAGCAAGAAAGUCUCCUCCUCCUCCUCAAAGAAGUGUGGCAGUGAGUUCGCCGUGUUAGCCAAAGUUAUCCUCCUCCUCCUCCUCCUCCUCCUCCUUGUCUUCUUCUUGUUGGUCAGUGAGUUUGUCGCACGGAUCGCACCCCGGAAUUUUGGUCCCUGCCCGGGGUUGAGCUUGUGCCGUGUCCUGGUUCGUUGAUCCGCUUAAGCGUGAGAUUGGCCGAUUUUCCCGCUGGACCGCUAGGGUCCAUGUCCCACCGAUUUCGAUUGACCUCCGAGGUUGCCCCCACCCAGAUCGACGUUUCCAUUAUGACCUCGGCUUCGACGCCCAGUAAAGACCGAUCCCCUCGCCCCGGCGAGGCGGACAGCUUCAUGCCGCCCUCAGACUUGCACCCCGCCUCCUAUCGACCCGCCUCUUUGACCGUGAACACGUCACCUCGGAAUGUGAGCAUUAUCAUCAAUCCUAUGGAAGCCUCCAGCUCAUCGGGCGUGGGCGUAGCAUCUUUGGACCGAUAUCAUCCUGAUGUCCAUGUGGAGGGCGGGGGGGAGGCGGGCUCGAACCGUGGAUCCCCCUCGCAAGCCGGAACUGAAAGUCCGGGCACCAGUCAGUUGUCACCGCCGCCGUCAUAUCAUGAUAUUCCGGGCACGGUCCCGGUUCACCAAGGGAUUUCCAGAGGACCGCCUCCGUCCUAUGAAGAUGCGGUGGAUGUCCAUGGUGAUCCUCCAUCGUAUGAUUCGGUGUUUGGACGGAUCCGUGAUACUCACAAGGCGUCUCGGAAUUUUAUCGAUUUUCUGGUCAAAUUACUCAUCUUGCUCUUGGGCACCAUUGGUUGUACGAUCGCGUGUUCCAUCACGGUGGUCAUCCCCAUGUGUAUGAUCGUGAUUGGGUCCGUCUACCUAAACGAGUGCCCCGCUGAACCUUACAUUCCCGUGUUCCUUAUCGUGGGCGGCACAUUUUCUGUCUUUAAAUACCUAUUGGGUGUGAUAACCCGUGUGUGUCAAGGCGAGAACGAUCGUGAACAUCGGACCACGCCAGCCCAAUCACUCAUAUCUUGCUUUCUGUGUGGAUGGUUCAUCACGGGCUGCGUGUGGGUCUAUCGAAUUUACAAGCCUCUCAUGGACGAGAUGCAUCAAGGCGAUCCCCAUUAUUGCAACCGGACCGUGUACAUCUUCGCCUUUUGGCUCAUCACCAUCGCCUACAUCUUUCUGGGUUUCUUCACAUCGUGCAUCUGUUGCUUCAGCAUCGGUUCCAUCAUCCUCAAGCGGGAAAUCUAAAGCCUCAUCUGAAUGAGUCAGAUCACUGGGGUCAAUGUGAUAAAAUCGACGUCAAGCAAAACAAAAGACAACCCGCCCCUUUUUAUGCCAGUGCCUCUCCUCCUUCGUCUCCGUUCCCCGCCCUUUCACUUUGGGGUCUUCCCAAUCAUUUGAGCACAAUUAUGAUGAUAUGUUUAAGACCACAUUUCUCUCAUGUUGUAAUCCUGUCUCCGUUUCAUUUGCUUCAUUGUCUUUCGCUCCAGAGUUAACACCAAUUGUCAAUCAAAACUCAAAUCGGAAAUACAAAGUCUACAAAUUUCUCUA